GGCAGCAACGGCACGUCGCGCCCAGGCGCAAUGCUCGAUUCCGACGCCGUUCCCGCCUCCUCCAACCCCAACCGCGCGUCCGUAAUCCUCAAGGCCCAGCCGCUCACCGCCGAGGAGAAGCAGGGCAUGCACCACGCGCCCGGCACGCUGUUUAUCCGCACGUGCGAGGAGGACGAGAACGGCGUGGGCGAGUGCAAAGAGCACCGCAUGAAGCCGCGCAAGGGUGGGACCACGCAGAAGUGCGCCUUCUGCCUCAAGGGUCCGUUCGCAAAUAUGUGGGUGUGUCUCGACGGCGAGGACGGCGUGCCUGAGGCCGCACCGGAGAAUGCGAGACUUGGAGGUGUAAGAGAGCGCGAUGAGAAGAAGGGCGGCAGGUGUGGCUUCGCUAUCUGUAGGAUGUGCUGUAAUGAACAGGUCCAGGAGGGGCAGGCGGAGAUUUUCUGAACUUGUUUCUUCGAGACUCUUCGACAGGCUUGAUUGCAUUUGUGUAUACGGUUUGGUGUCAACUUUGAUUUUUUAUUUUUUCUGGGUAGUAUUCGUUUCCUACAAUUUUUAUUUUUUUCUGGGCUUCAUUUCAAGGUUGGGCGCGGUAUUCUUUUCGAUUGAUUGAUUGUUCGUGCUCUUUUUAGUUUUCUUUUUCUUUUUCUUAUAUUUUUUUUAUAUUUUUCAUACGGGUUGGGGAAGGGAAUGGCAACGACGGGAGGGCUAGCAACGACAGGAGGGGGACGGGGAUGGGGACGGACAGAGAUACCAUAUGUACUGGUAUGAUACAUCAUGUCACAUACCACGCAAGCAAGCACGCAGUUCGGUCUCGGAUCAGGAACUGUGAAUGCAAAAGGCACGCAAGGAAAAAAUAG